AGGUGAAUUUGGUGCGGUUUUCGGAGCUACUAAAAAUCAACAACACCAUUCUUGGAAUCAGUUCUUCUAAACCUAAAGAACCAUCAUACAUCGGCGUCACAGAACAAGAAUCUAAACGACCACUGCACAACCAUGGGCCUUGCGGAUUUGAUCAGCGCGCGCGCUGGCGAAAGCGCAGAGCAGGAGAAAACAGGUUUGGCGAGUAUCUUCGGGGGUUCAGGAAGGACUUCAUCAAAGUCCACGUCGGGCAAUGACAAAAAUGUCCAAGUUCCAACGAAGACUGGUAGAAGCGCCAUGAUCAGUGGCGGUUCUAAGCCCUCUGCAUCUUCUUCUUCAAAACCGAUCAACAAGAAGGACCACGUUAUCAAGGACGCAGAGAUGGAGAAGAAAAAUGCCCAGAAGCUGCAGGCCGCACUCCAGGCCGUCCGAAAGUUUCAGCGUGACGGAAAGAGGGAGGCACGGGAAGUCGAUGUUGUGGCAGCUAACCCUAACGUAAAAGACGGCGACGUGGCAAAAAUGCUACUUGGGGGCAAUGCCGUGGUGGAUGCAAAAUCGAAAAAGGGGAAGAAAAAGCAGCAGCAGAGAGCUGAUGGUAGCGGUGCCGGGACAGCAGAAGACGGAUUGCAGGGCGCUGCCGGGCCAACAAUCACAGCCGAAUCCGAGGAGGAGCGCAACAAGCGAACGCUGUUCGUGGGGCACGUACUUCAACAAAAUGAUGAUUUAGAUUUUCCGAGUGUCAGCUCGCACUCGCAUACUAGCGACGAGUAAGUAGUUCAUAUUUGAUAGUGUGCUUCGUGGCCUGAAAUCAGUGGUCUGAAAGCUACUUUUUCUGCAGCCGCACUAUCUUCUCUUUAAAUAUCCAUUUUCAAAACAUUUCCCAGAUCCCCCUCUCCUGGACGGACAAGCAGCUGAAGCAGUUCCUCACCACCCAGAUACGGUCCGCUGCAGUCGAGCAAACUAUCCAAAAACAAGAUCUACACAUCAAGACGUGCGAGGACCGCGAUACAGAAGAUCCGUCGAAAACACAUGUGUAUCACUGCUUCCAGUCUUCCGAGCAUUUCGGCGACCCGAUUGUGGCCGUGGAUGGGGAAUCGCUCUUGGUCGGAGGAGCAGACCCACUCAAAGACUACGAGCCGGCAGCUACGCCAGCCUCCGGCGAGGCGCGGCACGAGCUGGAUCCGCGACUUAAGUGGGAUGCGGAGCAACAACGGAAGAUCGAUGGAGUGAUCGAGAAAUACAACUUAAUAACUCGGCCAGCAGCUGCGAGUGCGACUCCUGCUUUUGGUAGUGACAAAGUCGAGAUGAAACCAGGUGCCACAUCAUGUAGUACUACAACUACUAUUCCCGUCAUUAUCGACCUGCUCCUGCGCAUUGAAUGCCUCCGUUUCCGGUCCCUCCCGGUGGACGCUAAGUUCGUGAACAACCGCCGCGCGGCGCACGCAACGAAGGCGUACGCGGAGCACGGGAGCAGCAAAAACGCGUAUGUAGUCUUGCGGAAGGAGGCUUUGCCGUUGAUGGAGAAGCUGGCGAAGAAAAUCAACGGAGAAUUUUUUGACGAGGAACACCGAUGUGUCGCAGAACCGCUGGUGAAGCCUGAGCAGCAGAAUGUGAACGAGAAGCGUGUGGGAACAGAUGAUUCCUCAAAAAAAUCUAAAACGCAGAAGAAGGGCAAGAAGGGGGAUGAGGAUAAACCAGAUAAAGCUGCAGAAGAUGAUUCCGCACAAAAUAAUGGCAGCAGCUCAACUACGCAAAAAUCUUCCCAGCUCACAGGCGAAUUUUCCCGCAAGAAAUCUGUUUUCGUCGGAAAUCUUCCCGUUUCCCUCUCCGAGCACGCUUUGGAGCAAAAACUGACCCCCUUCGGGACGAUCACGAAGACCCGGAUCGUCCGCGACAGUACCACGCAGUUUUCCAAAGGCUUCGCUUUCGUCCAAUUCGACGACCGGGCGAGUGCGACGAAGUUGAUUAAAUCGAAGGAGGAGAUAAUCAUUUCUGAGCGGAAAUUACGGUUCUCCAAAGUUGAGGAAGCGGAAGAGCUGGAAAAAAAGAAACAACAGAAGAAAAUCGAGUCCGAGAAGGUCUCCUUGGGAAAGCGCGUGAAGCAGUGCAUGAAGAAGAAGGCGUUAAAAACACUCACUAGUCAAGAGCAACGGCAGCUGUUGCGGUCGAAAAAGUGGCUGAAGAGUCAAAAGGAAAAAAAGGGGGCGGGGAAAAGUGGAGGCGGG